GAGCCAGAUGCCUGAGGCCACAUUUUUAAGCUGUCCCAAGCCAACUCCUACUUUCAAUGCUUAAGUACUUUACCUUCAGUCCUGAUUGCUGGUCCUCAUCUUUCAACAUGGCACAAACACGACUGUUCGUGCUCCUCAUUGUCACUAUUCUUCUACUAGAUCAAAUUAGAGGACAAUCAUCAAAAUUAAAGACUCGGAAAGACCGCAGAAUAAAAGAAAAAGAAAAGGACGGUGAUUUGAAGACCCAAAUUGACAAGCUAUGGAGGGAGAUUAAUUCCCUAAAGGAAAUGCAAGCAUUGCAAACAGUGUGCUUGCGCGGAAUCAAGAUUUAUAAAAAAUGCUACUUGGCAUUCGAAGAAACUAAACACUUCCAUGAGGCCAAUGAGGAUUGUAUUGCAAAAGGAGGAACCUUAGCGAUCCCCAGAGAUGCAGACGAGAACAGUGCUCUCCGUGAUUAUGCAAAAAAAAGCCUUCCAGGCACAGGGGACUUCUGGUUAGGCAUCAACGAUAUGGUGAAUGAAGGAAAAUUUGUAGAUGUUAACGGGAUUGUGAUUACGUACUUUAAUUGGGAUCGUCCACCGAAUGGAGGCAAGCGCAAAAACUGUGCCCUCUUGACUCAUGCUUCUCAAGGAAAAUGGGCGGAUGAAGUUUGUCGCAGUUUAAAGAAAUAUGUUUGUGAAUUUAUUAUUCCGUAAAAAGACUGUGAUAAGAAGGUUGUGAUGGUCAUUGAUGAAAUGUUUACCGGAUAUGUAUUUUGAACUCUAAAAAUUUAGAUAUUCAUGUGGAAUCAUCACCUAAGAGUCUUAAAGGGGUUUAUUCACUAAAGAGUAAUUUGCAGUGAAUUUACAAGCAAAUUGGAAUUUAGGGUGACGUAGCGGAUUUGAAAAAAAAUCUCAAACUUUAAGUUAGUACAAUUCAAUGUUUACUAAAUAUAACCCUAAGAUUUUUAACUCUGUCAAAAAGACGAUUUUUAAACCAGUUUCUAAGGCACAUUUAAUAAUGAUUGGGACACAUUUUUAUAGGAUUAACAUUUUUACAUAGUUU